CAGAUAGCUAAGUACACAAAGGCGUCCACACUCACUCCAGUGUUACUGAGAUCUCACUCAGAGGGACAUCGCACCCCAGGAUGUAUUCUUCUGUUUUUCUGCUGGCCCUGUGCUUCUGUGGGGCAUUAUCACUGAAAAUAUGUUCCUUUAACAUACAGUCCUUUGGAGAGAGCAAGAUUUCCAAGCCAGAUGUACUGGAAGUGAUUAUACAGUGCAUUGUACGAUGUGACAUCACACUUGUGAUGGAAAUAAAGGACGCCCGAGAAGUAGCUUUCCCCCAGCUGGUAACACACCUGAACAGCAAAUUCAGGGGCAGGAACAAGGAAUACGAUUAUGUCAUCAGUGAGAGGCUGGGGAGGAAGUCAUAUAAGGAGCAGUAUGGCUUUAUCUACAGACGCAGGCUGGUGUCUGUGAAGGCCGUGCACCAGUACCCAGACACGCAGACUGAAGAUGAAGACGUGUUUUCCCGUGAGCCCUUCGUAGUGUGGUUCUCAUCUCCCAAAACGGCUGUUAAGGACUUUGUGAUAAUUCCCAUCCACACAACUCCGGAGACGGCAGUACGGGAGAUAGAUGGGCUCUAUGACGUCUUUCAAGACAUCAGACAGCAAUGGACAGCAGAGAACUUCAUCAUCAUGGGGGACUUCAAUGCGGCCUGCGGUUACGUGCCUAAGAAGCAGUGGAGCAGCAUCCGGCUGAGGUCGGACCGCAGCCUCCUCUGGUUGAUCGAAGACAGGACGGACACCACAGUGAAGGAGUCCACCAGCUGCGCUUACGACAGGAUCGUUCUGCACGGAGAGAAGAUGAUCCAGGCUGUCAACCGUGCCUCGCUGGAAGUCUUUGACUUCAAAAUGGCCUACGGACUCACAGAGCAACAGGCCUUGGCAGUGAGCGAUCAUUUCCCAGUGGCCUUCACUGUCAACACAGCCCGGAGGAACGGUAGAGGCAGUAAUUAAAGCAUACUUGUGGAUGUCAAGGCGACCCGCAUCAGCUUGGCUCACAUGCACUGUAGCAUACGCUCCAAAGGGGUCUCUCCCUGACAGCUAGUGAUAUUAGUCCUCAUGUAAGCAGCCUCAAGUAGUCACCCAAGAUCAGAGCUAACCAGGGCCUGUGAGAGUGUCACCGAGCCAUCUUAAAGCAUCCAAUGAUAUUAGAUGAGUGAUCAUUGUGAGCUGAGACAUGAAUCAGUUGCACUGAAAACAGGGGCACAGGGGUCAGGGCUGAUUGGGCGGUUAAAAGGUGACUCUGCUCGUUAAUUAUGAACCUGCAGAUUCAAGGUGUGGGUUUCAUUGUUGCUAAGAGACCAUUUGUGUUCGCACAGUUGGCUCCCUCUGUAGGUGCUUUUAGCAGCUUCCUCCUUUCUAUGCAGCUACGCAAGUAUUUCUUCUAUGUAGCAAAGUCAUCUUACAUUCAUAAUUGCAUUUUACAAAAACUUCAUAAUUUGAUUAUCAAAGGUUUUU